AUGGCUUCCGCGUGCAUCAAUAACGUCGGAAUUCCGCCGGAGAACUUCCUCGACGGCUCACGGGCCUCCUACAGUUCUUACGGUUGGUUGAGCCCUCGCGUAUCCUUCAGUCGCGAGUUUCCCGACGACUCGUCCGCUAAUCUCUCCGGCUUUGAACUUAGUCCCUCCUCCAUUAGUGAUACUUCUCAUGCGAGUAAGCCGGCGAUUUCAGGUACGGAUCUGGAAGGUUCGGCUAGUGAUUUUGAGUUUAGGAUGGAACAUCCGGUUACUCUGAUUCCUGCUAAUGAACUCUUCUUCAACGGAAAACUCGUGCCGCUGCAGCUUCCGUCGUUGAAAUCGUCGGUCAAGGAAGAACUCUCCGCGACGGAGAUUGGAUCGCGGUCGUCUGAUACAACGACGCUGCGGAGAGUGACGGAAAUUGGUAAUGCGGAUCCGUACUCUUUCUCUCCUCGUGCUCCGAGGUGCUCGAGUCGGUGGAGGGAGAUUCUAGGGCUGAAGAAGGCUAAUCAGAUGACCGGUUCUACAGCCGCGAAGAAUGAAAAUCAGAAGACGGAUUUGUCCUCAUCGAGCACACGAAUGAAAUCUCUGAAGCAAUUUCUCCACAGGAAUUCCAAGUUCGUGUCCUCCGAGUCCUCGGAUACUCUAAAUCAUCCAUUAUUGAAAGAUUUGGACUGCGAGUCAGUUUCCAUAUCCUCUUCUCGCCUCUCUCUUUCUUCCUCAUCCUCUGGUCUUUCACUCGACGAUCUCCCUAGACUUUCACUCGAUUCGGACAAGGCAUCGAAGUUCAAUCGUGAAUCAAAGAAUCGGAUAAUUACGGUGAAGCCGAUAGCAUCGCGAUCAGAAGCGAAGAGAGUAGGGCGUAGUCCGGUCCGUCGGCCGCCAGGGGAAUCAGGUAGAGUGAAAAGCAGAGAAGUAUCCAUGGAUAGUCCGAGAAUGAACUCCUCAGGAAAAAUAGUGUUUCAGAGUCUGGAAAGGAGUUCGAGUAGUCCGAGCAGCUUCAAUGGCGGACCGAGAUUGAAGCACAGCGGCAUCGAAAGGUCAUACUCCGCGAAUGUAAGAGUGCCGCCGGUGCUGAACGUUCCGAUGAGCUCGCUGAGGGGGUCAUCGAAGUUCGCGUUCAGCCAGCUGUUUUCCUCGCCGCAGAAAAGAACCGAAGCGACUUACGGCGGCGGUGGAGGCAAAGGCCAGACGAGACACUGCAGAAACCGGAUCGCUGGAGCCUGA